AUGAUGGAAGAAGAAGAUUACUACGGAAUAUCCAAAGAUUAUUCCAGUCUGUCGACCAGAGAGCUGUUGGCAGAACUCGACAAGAGAAACAUUCGAUACGCUCCCACUACCAGUCGCGAAGAUUUGGAGUUUCUUUUGUUGGAGGGAAUGCAAGACGAGCAUGACGAUCAAUUAUUGGUAGAUGAAGAGUCAGAAAUGGCUUUUCUGAUGCGAGAGUUGGCGUCAAUGGGCAUUCGGUUACCACGAUACGCAUCACGAGAUGAACUGGAGGUUCUACUUCGUCGAGCCAAGCAGAAUCCUGAACGAUUCAUGGAGACCACAGCUAAGAGACCGAAAAGACCAAGGCCAUCAAUGUCGCCCACACAACGCCGCCGUCGGAGACAACACGUGGCAAUUUCCAGACUUCGAAGAGAACUGAAUGAAUUGGGUAUUCCCUGUCCACCCGGGGCGUCUCCAAAGAUGAUGGAGCGACUACUCCGUGAAAGUGAGGGACAAUUCACGCCUGAUCGUGGGCCCCCGAGAACAAGACGGGACGUGUAUCCUCCGAGGAGAGACCGACCAGAGCAGCCAGAUGUUGAUACAAGGAAACUACUUUGGGAUGAGCUUAAUCGACGUGGAAUUCGAUUCUCACCGACAUCCACACGGAAAGAGCUGGAAAGUCUCUUGCACAAUUCACAGCAGAACCAUAAUGCGUCUGCGAGACCACCACCAUCAAAACGAAAUCGUGAGAAUUUCAGAGUAAAUACAGAUUCCGUUCCCGAAGCAAGAGCUCCAAAAGAGCAAUCAGCCAACGAUGCUGACAACGUUUUCGAAAAGAAUGCAGACAAGGAAAGAAACGUUGGUGUUGAUGUCGGUUCAUCCAAAGAAGGGUCAAGGAGCGCACACAGAGAGACUGACGACGAGACAAAGAAGAGCUUUGAUAAAUUUUCCACUACCACUGAUGUCCCGAACCGAAGCCGUGAAACAACAACUUCGUCGGAAAGACGUACUAGGACGCGACAAUCAGUUGCCAACUCGCAACGGCCGUCAGGUCCUAGCCGCAAGAGGAACAGUGCUGCCAGAUCAGGCAACCCAAGGGACCGUGUGCAACGAUCUCUUUGGUCCAAGGUGUAUGACAGGAGCAAACAAACAGUAGCAGACAGUGUGAAGACGAUUCCUGAUUAUGCAGCCACGAGAUUUGACGGUGCUACAUCGCGUGUUUCCAAUGCAGCUGAAAGAGCUGCUCGAAAAGCAAGAGAAGCUACACGGAAUGCCAGGGAUUUUUUUGCGGAAGACGAGAAUGGAAUACGUGACGUUGAAUUUGAAUAUGUUACAAAAACGCCAGAUUCCAGCAAGGAUGUCAUCAUUGAUGUCCCCGCAGAACCUGUGGAGGAUAGAACCUCGAACCGGUAUACCAAGAGGGAACGUUAUGCUUCGAGGGCAAGAGCAGCGGCAAACACGGGUGGUUACCAGACACGUCCAGCACGAAGCGGAAGGGAAAGAAACGAGUAUCGCACUCCACAAGGCGGCAGCGAUGCUCCUGCGACCAAGCAGAACCACAAACCAUCUAGCGUCAGAAAUCCUGCUGUUUCUAGUAGCUUGUUUCGCCUACCACCCGCAAAGUCAACUGGGACACAAGGCAGAGAAGGCAAUUCCGCUUCAAAAACUCGACGAAGAAGACGGACGUCUUCUGCCAAUGAUGGAAGUCGUCGUGUCUAUUCGCCGUAUGACGAAAACGAUCCAUCCUCACAAGUGUAUCGCGAUGCCAUUGACAGAUUUGGAGAGUUCUUUGUAAGCGCCACCGACACAAUCUUGUGGGGCAAUGAGGAGGACGACGAGGAUUCCAACGAGGAGAAUUCGACCUCUGCCACCAAGCCCGGCAAAGGUGGCAAGGCUCGAGCUGGCCGAAAGCAAUCUGCAAACUGGAGGGAUCGAAUGGAAGAAAGAUUUGAUUCCAUGAUGGGAAUCCACGAUCAGGGCGCUUACUACAAUCGUUGGACAUCGCAAGAGGAGUUGGAUGAAGACGAAGCUGGAGGCCACGAUGCCUUCUCAGUAGCUCAGGGUCGGGCUCCAAAGAGGCGCAGAAGGAAGAAGUUUUAUGAAAAGCCCUUCUGGGAAGAGAACAAUCUGUUUUCAACCCUUCUUGGAAAGUCUCCGCCAUCUUAUGAUGGUGGAGUUGGAAACAUCCUUCCUUUUAUCAAGACGGGUGCCAAGACAUUGAUAAUCGCGACAACCAACGCAUGUGAAUGGGCUUCUGUUCGAGGGUCGUUGCCACAACCUGUUGUUGUAGUCGGCGUUACCAGCUGUGUUCUUUCCGCCCGGCCCGGCAAACGUCUUUUGACCUUGGUGCUGUCACUGGUAGCUUUUAGAAUAUUCGGGGAGUUGAUUCAUGAAGGCCUCCACGGCGGUGAGGAUUGGGAGGAGGACGGAUACGAUGAUGAUGACGACGGUUACGAUGGUGACGACGAAAAAGAAAAAGAUCAGGAGGACUUGAACGAUGGCCUUCGUUGGGAGGGGGCUCACUAG